AUGGAAGAACCACAACCAGCCUCUGAGUUACCUCAAUUCACAUUCAAAAAGCGCAAUGUUAAGUCCAAGUCGACGAUUCGCAAGCGAGAAGCCACUCCUCCACCAGACGAUUCCGACUCCGGGUUCUCUUCUUCAGACGAUGACGAGGGAAGGCAAAUAAAACGCAGGCGCAAGAAUGCCGGGUUGACCGCAUCUUCCUCGGAGAUUCCUAAGCCUCGUGCUGCGGUGGAUGAACAGACCAUUGCCGCAGCUGUGGCGGCGCCCACAAACAGAGACGACGCAACGAAGAGAUCAGAUUGGUAUGAUGAAGACGGUGACAAGAAACCAGCGACGGCUCCAGCCAGGUCAUCCGAUGCAUCGGCACCGGACGGUACAUACAAGGGCGUGGCAAACUACCAAUCCUUCAUUCCAAAGAAUCCAGAUCGUGCUGGAAAACAAGUCGGACCGGUCAAAUCUUCGAGCAAUGUAAGGACAAUCACGGUUACAGAUUUUGCACCCGACGUGUGCAAGGAUUACAAGCAGACCGGCUUCUGCGGGUUCGGCGAUAGCUGCAAAUUUCUCCACGCUCGAGAAGAUUACAAGCAAGGCUGGCAGCUUGACCGCGAGUGGGAAGUCGACACGAAGGGAAAGAAGUUGUCGGGCAAAACGGUGGCUUCUGCCAAUCGUAAAGCGCAGACGGGCCAAGACGACGAUGAUGACGAUGCGCUGCUUGAGAAGAUACCGUUCGCCUGCAUCAUAUGCAAAAAGCCGUACACGAAUCCCGUUGUCACCAAAUGCGGGCAUUACUUCUGCGAAGCAUGUGCCUUGAAGCGAUAUCGCAAAGACCCGUCUUGCGCUGCUUGUGGGUCUGGUACCAACGGCGUCCUCAACGUAGCAAAGAAGUUGAAUCGAUUACUGGAGAGGAAGCGGGAGCGGGAGAAGAUGAAGAAAGAGAAAGCCAUUGAAGCGGGCGAGGCGGUCGAAGACGAUGUAUGA